CUCCUCCGAGCCCUUAGUGUUUGGGGCCGCCGGACUUCCCGAAACGCACGUCUCGUUGCUGCCCCGGCCUCGCCAUGCCGCUCCCCGUAGCCCUGCAGUCCCGCCUGGCCAAACGCGGCAUACUUAAACACAUGGAGCCCGCCCCUGACUUGACCUCAAACCGGCUCCCUGCAGAACCAGAGGAAGAAAUCAUCGCCGAGGACUAUGACGAUGACCCAGUGGACUACGAGGGCACCAGAAUCGAAGGCCUGCCGCCCAACUGGUACAAGGUGUUCGAUCCAGUCUGUGGCCUUCCUUAUUAUUGGAACGUGGAGACAGAUCUCGUGUCCUGGCUGAACCCCCAUGAUCCCAGCUCCGUCAUCACCAAGGCAGCCAAGAAACUCAGAAGCAACUUGGAGCCAGAAGAGAAGCUGGACCGGGGCUACGAAAAGCUAGAAAGGGAGGAGUUGAAGGAGCGCCGUUACCACCGAAGGGAAGAGCUGGCCCCCUACCCUAAGAGCAAAAAAGCCAGCCGAAAGGAUGAAGAAUUGGACCCUAUGGACCCUAGUGCCUAUUCUGAUGCCCCUCGAGGUACGUGGUCUACAGGUCUCCCCAAACGGAAUGAAGCAAAGACAGGGGCCGACACAACUGCCGCUGGGCCCCUAUUCCAGCAGCGGCCGUACCCCUCCCCGGGGGCAGUGCUUCGGGCCAAUGCUGAGGCCUCCCGGGCCAAGCAGCAAGACUAAGACUGAGCCCAGUCUCUCCUGCAGUUUUCCCCAACCCAACCCUCUGGUGAACAAUAAAGUGUUUUCCUUUCAA